UCGAUAUUUAUUAAACACGACUAUUUAAACAGCUGAUUGAUUAGAUAUAUUGGCAUAAUUUCUUUGAUAGUAAAAUACUAAAAGAGAAAAAUGUCCCUGAUUCGAUCAUCUUUACGCAUUUUAAAUCAAAACAAAGCGCUAACCCGUUUGCCUGUGUUUGAUCAAACACGCUGCUUUAAACGUUGGGUGGCGCCGACAUUACGUGAACUUCGCAGGAGACAAAAAAAGUUAGGACCACAAUUGCCACAACCCCGAUCUGGUUUCGUUGAAUGGAAUUACCGUGCUGAGUUGUUUGCUUUUGGAAAACGCUUAAAUGAAGAAUUUGAUUUAGAAAUGCUGCAGUCAGCAUUCACGCAGGCUUCGUAUGUACAAAAUGAACAACUACGUCAACGUGAACUUGGUAUCAUGGAAACAGACGUAGUAAUUAAAGACAACAAUGAAUUAUCCGAACGAGGAGCAUAUUUAGCAAAUGAGUGUGUUCGUGCAUAUUUGAAGCAUUCAUUUCCGAAUGUGCCGGCGGAUGGGAUUAAUGCCUUCACAGAUUAUUUGCUAAGUACUGAAAUGUUAUCAUAUAUCGCCUCGUAUCUAGGAAUGAAUGAAUUGUUGCUUGAUGGCGAUUAUCCACCUGGACAGGAAUCCUUGGCUCGAUCAUUUCUUGCUGUUAUCGGUGCAAUUGAACAAUCGAAUGGGCAAGAACGCGCUUUUCUUUUUAUAAGAGAUUUUGUUUGUACACAAAUGAAUCAACGAGAUUUACUUGAAAUCUGGAACAUUGACGAUCCAGAAGUAUUGUUAAAGCAAAUUUGUGAGGAACGAAAUUUGGGUGAAGUAGAACCGCGUUUAAUUGGAGAAUGCGGGAAAAAUACACUGCUUGCUGCAUAUCAUGUGGGAUUAUAUGCAAAUAAAAAACUGAUUGGCAAAGGAUUUGGUGAAGAUGUAGCAAUUGCAAUAAAAGUGGCUUCCCUCAAUGCUCUCCAGCAAAUAUUUUGUAUACAAGACAACAUGCGUCCCUUAAAUUUCCAGGCACAUCUAAAGCCAGUUGGGCAAGAUGCUAUAGAAAAAUUGGCUUAAAAUUAAGUACAUUACUUUGUUCGUAUAUCAAUAUAAGUCCUUGAAAUAAAAUUCAACUAUCUGGGUUCAACAAACAAAA